UUUGUAAAACUCGUCUCGAUUAAACAUGAAUCGUGCGUUCCAAUACUCUGUAUUGAUUUUAAUGGGAUUUUGUAAUUUAACCCAUUCAACCAAAUGGUUAAUUGAUAAUCCUGGCUUUAAUGAUGCCUCUGCCUGGCUAGAUGAGUACUUGCCUUGUGCACGGGAAAAUGUUAUUUUUCCCGAAACCUAUCAAGCAUUAUUACCUUUACCCAAACAAGUAGACGUGGGUGGAUUUAUUUUACCAAAAGAUGGUGCAAUUCUUUUGCCAGCAGAAACUACCAUAACACUGGGAGGUGAGGCUCGUGAAAGAGAUUGUGAUAAAGGUAAAGCCUAUUUAAAGCAGCCAACUGUCCAUAAAUGGUUUGAUCCUAAAACAUGGCGUUCAUCUAAAGAACAACAGUCUAAUACAGCUAUACCGGACAUGGAGAGAGUGCCUUGCAACAAUGAAUCUGUGGUUAUUAAAAGUACUGGUCCUUUGGUAUUUGAUUUAGAAUAUACUCCCUAUUUACGUCUGGGACAAUUGAGUUUAGCUGGCUCCUUACUCUCGAAGGACUAUUUAAAGGAGCUGUUAUAUUCUGACUUAGGACAAUUUCUGUUUAAAAAUCAAGCCGGAGUUAAUGUGGAAUAUUAUCAUAAUGAUGUCUGUGGCUGUCAUAAAGAUUUCAAUACCUUCACAGAACCCAUUUGUCAUAAUGUAAUCGAUAACUGUCCCCGUCCCCACUGUUUAGUGCCAAUUGUACCAUUUGGUAGUUGUUGUGGCAUAUGUGGCUCUACCGUAAAAUUUGCUGUAGAAUACUGUGAAAACGAUAUGUUAAAUUUGCUGCGAGAUAUUAUAGCAAAAGGUCUCAAGGCCCAAUCUUUGGAAGAGGAUAUAGACUUUUAUGUCAAUUACAUCAAUUCCCAUAAUUAUGGCAAUUAUUUGCAGGCUAUCAUUGUAGAUCGUGAUGGUUAUUCUGAGAAAAGUGUAAAAUUUAUGAAAUAUCUUAAUGAAACCAUAGACUGGUCUAAAAAAUUGAAAUUAGAACCUCAACACAUAUAUGGUUUUGAAUUUUCUGGUCGUCCCUAUAAUCCUAAUGUUACUUUUGGUUCAAUGCUAUUGAUUCUAUUAUGUUUAAUAUUCGUUAGCAUUGUGGCUUUGGUUAUAUUUGCUCACUAUCAACCCGACAAUCGUUAUCUGCACUAUGUCCCCCGCUGGGUUUAUGAUCCCCGUUUAUGGCGUGCAUUUGUCAAUAGGUCGAAUAAUGUUUUCGCACGCUUCGAUAAUACCAGAGCUAGUAUACAAACUAUGACAGCGGAGAGUAAUAGAAAAAAAGCUUUUACUAUGGGAUAUGAUCCCGAAAGUGGCCGUGUUAGAGAGCAAGCCUUUGAUAAUCCCAUGUUUGGUGAAGUACCGACAACAUCACAAGCAGCAGCUGCACGUAAAGAGGAAACGAAGCAAGAGCUGCAAAAGGAAGAUGUUAUAAAAGAUGUGGCUCAAGAAGUUCCCCAGCUUGUUAUAGAAAGUGUUGAUAUCAUCGAUAGUGUGGAGAGGGAAGAGGAAGAAGAGCAGGAAUUGACGGAAAUUAAAUUGGAAUCUUCAUCUGAAGAUGAUGACGAAGAACAAGAAACUGUGGAAUAAUUAUUUUAUAGAUUAUUGAUAUUAAUAUUGAAAUAUACAUUAUAAAUGUUAGUAUGCAUAUAAUAUAAAA